UUUCUAACGGGGUUUCCGCUGUUCGAGGAGGCGAUCCUGGUUGUCCGCGCGGUUCAACGUUGGCGCCAGGCUGAGCCAAGGAAGUCGAACGGCGAUCAACGACAAGAUGGUGGCGAGAGGAGCGAUCUGUCUGCUGUUGGUGGCCUUGGCAUUGAGAGGGACCCAAUGCAGCACGAGGUACUUCGUGAAGAUGAAGACGAACGCGUCCGAGCUGUUCAAGACGAGAGGCGACAGCUUGAGGGUACUUCAACGGCCGAUCGCGGCUACGCCGAAUCCAUUGUAUGAUGAAACAAAGACUGACUUUCAGGCGGACGACGAGAGAAUGAUCAAGGACUUCCCUAGGCCCGGGGAAGAGCAGAGGAACGCGUUCGAGACGUCGACGUUCAAUCCCGACGUGUUGAACAAAUUUCUCGAAGAGUACGCGAACAAAAUCAAAACCACCACCGACAAGUACACCGAAUACCCGUUUAAGAUCUUGAAACCUGCCGAACCACUCGCCCUCGAAGUGGACGAUCCCACCACGCAUUCCACCAGCACGAUUUACGAUCAAGAAACCAAGUUCGAGGUGAUCGCGUCCAAUACCACCACGGCAGAGAACGCGCUAAGCGAUACCCUGAACGACACCCUGAAGAGAAACAAAUACUAUGGGGCGAAUUCGUACGAAGACAGAAACGGUUGGGUCACCCUAGAGGCGAUUCCAUGGUCGAAGAGCAAAAUUUCUAAAUGGCAAGCGACCGCCACUACGCAACGUCCGUGGCCGGAAAUGAAGCCAUGGGACAAGCCGAGCAUAGGAAAACCUUGGACUUCCGACUACUCCAUCAGACCAAUCGUUGAAAACAAUAAACCGUGGUACGAGAAGCCAAAGCCAACCUGGCCGGAGAACAGCAACGAAAAACCCUGGCAAAAGCCCACCUCCCGUCCUUCCUAUUAUUCGGACAAGAACGAGGAGAGUCAAGCCCAAAAAUGGCCGCCAGAGAGACCAUCCUGGAACAAAUACACCGAUCGCCCUAACAGCGAAAUAAUCACCGACAAUCGUCCUGCAAAUUUCCCCAAUAAUUGGAACAGGCCCCAGCCGACGAAGCCCAGUUACCAGUUCAUUGAUCGAUACUCCGAUAAGAACCAGGAAGAGGGCAACGAUUGGCACGAUUUCCCCACGAGAUACGACGAUCGACUUCGACCUUCCACGGAAAGGCCAGGAUUCUCGCAGUAUCAAUACGUUAAUAACCAUCCGCAGACUUAUCCUGGAAACAGUGACGGACAAUGGGUACUUUUGUCGACGAACAGGGGCUACUCGAAGUCCAGGCAGAGAUCGAUCAAGAUCGAUUCGGUAAACCCGUCGCAGAACGGAACGAAGAGCAUCAGUGGGAACAGGAACGAUAAUGAUCCGGCGGUCGCUGUGAUGACAUCGAAGCGACAGGUCAGGCUGACGGUGUUACCGUCGAUCAACGGCACGAACACUACAACAUCCCACGGGGGUCUGCUGGAAGUGGAGAAAACGUUCAAAAGCGUGGACCAGAGUCGAAAGGAAUACGAGAUGGAGAAACAGACCUUACCCGCUAUAUUAAAAAAGAGACCCAUCAGGAACACGCUGAUCAAUCAGCCAUCUAGCUCUGCUGUUUUGGCAGCCGUCGGUGCAGGCAUAUUACCAGCAACUAUGGCGAUGAUGAUACCAAUGAUACUUGGCCGUAAGAAGAGGGACCUCGCGCGUUCUAAGUCGCGACUCUCCGAUUAUCACGAUUCGGUCAUGAAUAUUCGUACUCUCACGAAUAAAAAUCGAGUCUCAGAAACGAGACGCAGAUAG